AGCCAGACGCGCGGGAAUCGCCUCGCAUUCACCACCUCCGCCCUCCACUCGAUUUCCAGCAAUGGCGGGGACAACUGGUGAUUGCCGCGUGGCGCAAUCAGGAGAAAGCCCAUCCGCUCUUAACCAAGUCGCCUCCCCCCAAAGCGCCAAUGAAGCGACGGGACCAGAGCCCCCGUCAACCGCGCGGGACGAGCCCGCAAGCCACCGUGACGGCUCGGGGCUGUCGCUGCAACAGCUGCAGCAUCUCGCUGCUCUCACCGCCACAAACGACAACCCGCGCGACACCAGCUAUGUUUCCGUCUUCCCGUACGCGUCGUCGCGCGACGGGCCGCCUCAGGGUCGCAGAAAUCGCCUGACGCUGGACUCGUCCCAGCGGCGACUCGACUCGUGGAAUCGCGCAACCCAACCCGCGUUUGGGAAGAGUUUCGAGCAGAUCCGCGCGCAGCGGCGGAUGAAACGCAGCAGGAGCGAGCCUUCGCAAGUGAGAUCGGCUGGCAAAGACUCCGAGUCGUUCGAUAGCCUGAAGCCAGCGCGACCGUUGGAUGCCGUGGUUUCAGAGGCGCGGGAGCAAAUGCUCCGCCACUCGCUCCGCCGCUCCCGAAGUGCGCACGCGCUGGGGGAGAAGGACACAAACGCGCUCUGGAGCGACGCGAUGACUGCGCUCAUGUGGCGGCGCGGAAGAGCGGUCAUCUACCGACGGCCUUACGGCCAAGCGGCGUCCGAGUCAGCAGCAGAGUUGGCGAACAGCCACGACCGUCAAGUGAGUGACGGCAAGCGGCAGAUUUUACCGACUGCGAGCUCGGCCGACUCUGGUCGUGCAGGCCUGCCGCUUCCCUCCGGGGCGAACGCAGCGGACGCAGCGGUAACCAGCCGACGUCUCCCCAGCCCGUUGGCCCAAACAUACCUGCCCAGUUCAGCCGCGUCGCAACGACCCGACGAUUCCCAGCAGAGCCGGCCAUGGAGUUCGGCCUCUGCCUGUGGUCGCUUGGCGGCGCAGGCGGCGAGCUGUGACUGCUGCCGCGUGCGUUCGGCGCCAUCGGCCGCCGCGCACCGUGCAUGCGAUUCUCGCACAGUCCAGCCGACGGAGAUGUCGUCGAGCACCUAUGCUCCUGCUGUGUCGACGAGCGCUGCUGGCAGAAUCUACCAGGCGCACCAGCGGCAGCAGCAGCAGCAGCAGCGGACGCUAAAUACGGACCCGGUGAAAUCGGUGUUCGCUUGGGCUGCUGAGCAGAGAAUAGCGUCCCGGAGGGCGCAGAGGGCUCAGCAGUGAGUAGCUGGGUACUUACUAGGACGCAACUCUUGCUCUCGUUCCUCACCACCUGAGUAAACCAUGCCUUCACGUUCCAGGGAUUUCUCGGGAAUUGUUGAGCUGUAUUUUUCCUCAUAACUCGGCUCUCUGCGCUCUGGUCCGUGCAACCGACAUUUGCUUCCGUCGACAUUACGUGUUGUGUUCUGGCCUCGCGGCUCACUUCACAACAGGUUAUUAGCUCCUUAAAGCCGUUGACCCAAAUUGCAGAAAUUGUGUUUCAAGAUUAUUAACCUUGAACAC